AUGGUAUCACUCACAAACGAAGAGGUCCGAAAUAACCCAAGUAUUUUAAGUUUAUACGUCCCUAAGGCUGUUUUGUCUCCACCAGUCCUUUCUGAUUUGCUCAGCCUCGAUUGGCUGUCCCUUUCCUCUGAGAUUCCUCAUCUCUUGCAUGAUCUAAUAUCAUUGACUAAUCAUAUCCUCUCUACCAGCAACCCUACACACAUCCGUUCACUACUCUCAACCCUUAUCAAGAGCCUAAUUGAGUAUAGUACUAAUCCAUAUAUAGCCUGAUAAAUAAUUUAAUAAUAUUUAUUGGAAUAUUCUUAAAAAACAGCAUAUUUCCUAUUUAGUCCAUCAUUUGAGAAGCCAAAAGGAGUUUUGAAGCUGAAAAACAAAAUUUUUUCAUCAGCCAAUGAAUUAAAAUUUUUCAUUGUAAGUGUGCUGAAAUCCCAUAAUUUAAAUGAAAAAAUCACUGGAGAGGCAGAAGAACUUAUUUAUGCUCUGUUUCAAUACCACCCUUCAAGUAAAGAUAAAUUUGAAAAUAUAAAAAGUAUAAGCAUUGGAGUUCAUAAAGAAGAAAAUCGAGAAAACCGAUGCUUUGUUAUACAUACUGAAACCUCAGAGGCCAAAAUUUCAUAUGUUAAAGCUAUUAAUGGAUUUAUCCAGUCCAUGGACCAGCAAGCUGAACAAUCAAUACUUGACAAUAUACAUAAAGUUGCCGAUAAAAUUAUAGAACUCAUUGUACAGACUAUUGAAAUGAACCCAGUACUAGUACCUUUUCUUAAGUCAAAAAUUAACGAUUCAUUCCCACACAGGCGAAUUGAUGCUGCUAUCCAAAAAUUUUUCCUUCGAAAUAUUCUGAUUUUAAGCCAAAAAUGCAAAAUACUUCAAGAUUUUAUUCUGCGAAAAGUUAUUGAAAAAUUAAUAGAAAUUGAGGUAGAAGACAGCUAUGAGAAAUUAGACACUUUAUUGCUUGUAGUCUUAGAGCAUCUUCAAUCCAAGGUUGAUGAUUCUCUAUAUAACUCAGUAAUAAAAAUUUUUGAGGAGCUUAUACUUCCAACGCAUCAUGUGAAGUAUAUUCUCCUUAUAAUCGUCAAUAUUUGUCAAUCUGGAAAAGAAGAAUAUGCAGAGGUUUUCCUUAGCAUGCUUAUUAAAAAGAUUUUUGCUAAUGAAUUCAUUGAGUCUUCUACAGCUUGCUUGGUUUCUUUUCUGGUAGAAUACUCCGAACAGGUUUUGCCCUGUGCAAAAUACCUUAUUUACUACUGCCUCAGGGCUAUUAUAAUUAAAAUAUGGCGUCUUCGUCUGGGUAUGGCCUCCCUGCCAUACAGCCUCGACACAUAUUUUAAUUAUAUCCGGCAAGGUUUUACCAUUUCAGAGAAGGACAGCAAUGCUAGGUAAGCAAUUCUGGUUGUGUGCAGAGCCUAGCCCUAGUCCAAUCUCAGAGGUGGAUUUUUCCUCAUGGGGAAGGAGGGUACGGGAGUUGGGAAAGGGGAAGCCCAGUAGAGUCCUCAGGACCAAUCGGGCAACUCCCUAGCGUGAAACUGGGCGUUACGUCCCAGGCUACAUAUUUUUCCUUUUUGCCGAUAGCUGACCAGAAAAUCCAUUUUUUUGGGUUUUCGGAUAAGCAACCCAUGUUACAAGUCAGUAGCUCAUUCAUGAGCCGUCGAAGCCGGAACACUCGUCUGGAGGCGCACCUAUUGGUGUAACAAAGCAGGCCAGCCCGGUGGUCUGUGGGCCCGAUGCGGCGAAAGCGAGCGGCAGGUCUGGGACUAUGCCUACCCCGUAGUGGACGUAAAACGUUAUAAAUCAUAAUCUAAUCUAAUCUGCCUCAGAGCUAUUAAAAAACGAUCAAGCAGUAAAAACUGCUUUAUUGUAUUAAAAUAUAUGCUUUAUUUAUUUGCUUGUAAGCCAGAAGUAUUAGAUGAUGAAAAACUCCUAUUAAAAUUCAAAAAGCUUUUAAAGCACCAAUUAAGGCCAUUAAAAUACGCUGCGUUAUUAGAACAAGUGAACUAUCAGAAAGUGUUUGAAAUAGCUGGAAUCAAUGAAAAAUUGUGCAAUGGGAAUUUCCAUUUGCCGUUCAAGUAUGAUUUAAGGGAAUUAAGAGGAAUUGCAGAAUAUAUGGGAAAGACUCAGACUUCCUGGUUCAGGAAAAAGAGGAGGAGAGGACUGAGCUUUGAUGAUUCAAAUGAGAGAUAUUUGAAACAGAGAGGCUUUUCGAUGGAUGAGACGAAGCUAAGAGAAAUAAGUGACAAUGUGAGUAGCUCGACAACGAAUGUUCCAUAA